ACCCUCUGACUAAAAGAUAGUACAAUAAAAGUUCUAUUUAUUGUUUGUUCCCUUAAAACGCAUAUUCAUCAAAAAUUCUGCGCAAAAUCAAAGCUGCGCUCCAACGCAAGAAGCCCCGAAACAAGCCAAAGCAAGACCAGCAACAGGCACACGCUCCCCGCCCGCACAGCUGCUCCAAAGACAACAACAACACGGAUUCUGUGGACAUGGAGAGCAAUCUGAAUCGCAUGAUUAAUCAAACACUGCGCCAUCCACUGAGUGGACAGCUCAGCAAGUACACAAAUGUGAUGAAGGGUUGGCAAUAUCGCUGGUUUACUGUGGACGCCAAGACGGGUUUCCUCAGCUAUUAUCUGUGCGAUUCGUCGUCAGUGGGCGAGGACAUUGCCCCCUCGCCCCAUGUCUUGGCCAGCACGCCGCGGGGACAGGUGCAAUUGGCUGGCGCUGUGGUCUAUCCCAGUGAUGAGGAUUCGCGCACCUUCUCCAUUGCCUGUGCUUCGGGAGACACUGUGAAAUUGCGGGCCAACGAUGCGCGUGCGCGACAGGAAUGGGUCGAUGGACUGCGAGCUGUGGUGGAGAGUCAUACGAAGGCCAUGGAUAUUAGCAACUCUUCGCCGCUGCCGGCACGAGAACUGCUUGCCGCCUCCGAUGCCAUGGUCUCCGCUCGCCAGGCGCUCUUCCUCACCGAGCAAUGUAAUGCAUCUUUAGCGCGUGCCAUUGAGAAUAUUGACUGUGCUUCCUUCUCGCCCACUGAUCCCGAUCUCUUGCUGCUCAAAGCCAUCUCCACAGCCAGCACUCAGUGCCUGCAUCAAUGUCUUAGCCUCUUGCAGCGUCAUCAGGAGAUCAAUCAGCCAACUGUGGACGAGGCGCCCACAAGUAUUCCUCUGGCAUAUCAAUAGCAAAUGCUACAAAAUAGCUUAGCUAACUUGUAUUAAAUUAAAAGCAAUAAAUCAGCCUUGUUGUGUGUAUAUUCCAAAACUAA